AAUGAAAGCUGUGCGCUCAAUGCUGUGCGUUUAAUCGUUUGUAUAUAAGCUUUGCACGACUCGCUUUUAGAAUAUAUCGAAUAUUAAAUAGUGUAUAAUUCUAAUACAACAAUGAAUUUAAAGGAUCACAAUAUCGAAGAGAAUAAUCUGAUAUUUAGAAUAGAAGAUAACAUAUUGAUCGGCAAGGAGGUAUCGAUUCGUGAUGAAUGCAGAAAUGUCGGAGCGUUGGUGUUGGAAAAGCUGCGGAGCAAACCGGAAUUCAUCGCGCAAGUGGAAGCGGUUACCGGCACAAAGACCACUUUCGCGGAAAUGACGGAGAAAAGCGUGAAAUGCGCGCUGUGGUUGAGAGAGCAGGCUGUUCAACCGGGCGACAUAAUCGGCAUUUGCACUCACAAUCACUUGGAAUCAUACGUACCGCUGCUAGCGGCACUCUACGUCGGCGCCAUUAGCAACCCGUGGGACAACGAGCUCUCUCCAACGACCGCGCGGUUUUUUCUCUCGCUAACGAGACCGAAAAUAGUAUUUGCAAAUGUUAAUUCGAUUGAAUGUUUGGCACGGAUUAUCGAGGAGGAUCAUCUGGACAUUAAACUAGUAGUAUUUGGGGAGCUGGCGGGAUUCGAAGACGUAUCUCUGACACGCGUUUUAAGGUCCCAAGAUGUGGCAAAGAUCGACAAGUUCGAGUGCUCGAAGCUGACUAGUCCGAAUCAAAUCGCUACGAUCGUUUGUUCAUCCGGUACCAGCGGUUUUCCGAAAGGCACUGAGAUCAGUCACGCAUCCAUGAUCAAUUAUAUGGCUCACGUGAAAAUUCAUGAUCUCAGAGGGCACGUGUCUAUGUGGACGCCUUCUAUGCGUUGGUAUUGCGGUCUAUUCAUUGUUAUCAAGGCUAUUCUAGAUUAUUCCAAGAGGAUCAUAGUUCCGGAUUACGAUGAUGACGACGAGCUGUGCUACUUCAUUGAGAAAUAUGAGGUAUCCUGGUUUAGAUGCGAUUCCUGUUUCCCUAUCCGGCUGGUAAAGUUCGGCGUAUUAAGCAGGUACCAGCUACCUACAUUGAAAAUCCUUUUGUUUGGCGGUGCACAUUUUCGGAAAGAGCUGCAGCAGACUCUAAUAAAACUUUUGCCGCACACUAACGUUAUAUUAAGCUACGGAAUGACGGAUUAUGGUGGAUUAUGUGCCCGUCAGACGAAAUACAGUAAACCGGGCAGCUGUGGAUUUGUUUGCGAAACAGGACGGCUAAAGGUGGUCGAUUCUAACACAGGAAGGAUCUUGGGGGCUAACAAAACCGGAGAAAUAUGGGCCAAAUCGUCGCACAUGAUGAAUGGAUACUACAACAACCCUGAGGCUACGAAGAAUGCUAUCGAUUCGGACGGAUGGUUACAUACGGGCGAUCUCGGUUAUUAUGAUGACGAUGGUGAAAUUUUUCUCAUCGAUAGAAUAUCCGAAUUCAUCAACUAUAGAGCUAUCAAAAUAUCGCCUGCGGAAAUUGAAGCUUUGAUUCAGCAACAUCCUGCAGUCCUUGAGGUCGCCGUAGUGGCGGUACCGCAUGAUAUCGAGGAGGAACACGCCAUGGCUUUUGUCGCAAAAAUACCCGGCAAAGAAGCGACGGAGCUCGACAUAACCGACUUGGUGGAGCAGAACAUGCCGUGGUAUUGUAGAUUGCAUGCGGGAGUUAAAUUCAUGCAAAGGCUUCCGCGUACAGCUACGGGAAAAAUCGCUAAGAAGGAGCUUAAGCAGAUCGCUAAAAGUUAUACGACAAAUUGAAAUUAUAUAAAGAAUACUGAUUAUAUUUAUGUAACUAUUUCGUACGCAGUUUAAUAAUUUAGUUACUUAAAAUUUUUUUUUAGUUAUGUUUUUCUAUACAGUAAUAAUAGUAAUA